AUGGAUCUCGACGACAGCCCGGAUGAAAGUGACGAUCGAGGUCACCUUUCUCGGGACGGAGAUCUACUGCGCGAGGAAGAUGACGAAGAUAACGCCUUGAAUGAAGACGGACACGCACAUGCACGUUCACAUGCGUUAGAGGCUAGGCCCACAGCAAGACCAGAUAUUGCACGCUCAGUCUCGUUCCCCCAGCGAAAAUGGAAUCGACUUCGUAAACAUUAUCGCGACCACUAUCUCGUGCUCUUCAAGGACACCUUCGAGGCAGGCGAGGACGAUUACUUCCACGGCGACCUGCCCCCCACCCAGCUGGGUGCGACUUUGUGGCAUCCGGAUGAAAAAAUAAAACUUUACCGCGCUCUUUGUCGAAAAGGUCGACAUGACUUGCCGGCCCUGGCAGGUUUGGUGGGCUCCAAGUCGGUGGUCGAGAUCAAAGCCUACCUGGACAAUCUACGCGAGCUAGAGGCUGAUCGACAACGCUUCGAAGCACAGCCCAAGAAUGUCGCGCACGCCGAAAUCCCGGCUGCCAUUGAAGUUGGCCCAGACUGCGAAACUAUCCUGAAUCGGGCUGCGGAUGCGCUAUUGGCAUUCCAAGAGCAGUACGAUGCUGCGGCAGCCAAAGAAUCUAACGGGAUGUGGUUGAUCGACCACGAACUAGCUGCGGAACUCGACCAGCGAGCGGACGACACCGAGAUGCAAGGCGACGGGCCUGACCUGGCUUCCGACGACGAGGCGUCGCAGAUCCCUCAACGAGUCUGUUCGUUCUUCCAUCUGUCAGCAUACCUGGAGCUCAGCGAGCGGUUGUUCAUGAACAGAGGCUCCGACAGCCCCGACUCGUGGCAGGACAUAGCAGAAGAGGGCGAGCGUCCGAGUAUGACGCUUGAUUGCGUGACGCUCUUGUACGAUAUUGUUGUCAAUUUCCUGCGCCGCCUAGUACAGUCGUGCAUUUUUCUUGCGCAAUCGAGACUCCGUGCUUCCACGACCAAGGAGUAUCGACCCAGUGGGAGCGUCAAGUUCGAAGACGUCGCCGCCGCUUUGGACGUGCUUGGCGUCAGGAGAAACGCACGCUCAUAUUGGGUCGGGCUGGCACGGAGGAACGGCUUGAGGAUUGUGGAUGAUGCGCAUAGGAGAGGCGUGGAUGGGAAGGCUGCAAUUCCCUAUAGCGCUGUAGAAGAAUCCUUGUCACAGUCAGGCAGAAGCAGAUCAGUUUCGGCAGCACGAGGGGCGUCCAGCGAAGAGAAUGAAGCCACCUCCGAGUCAUCUUCACCUAUGGAGAGUGAAGAUAGUUUGAGUGACCACUCGAAUGACGAAGAAGAUGAUGUGCAGGGCUCGGAGGGCGAGGUUGCGCAUCAGCAGGAAGGGGAUGAAGACUUCACACAUGGCACAGAGACAGAAGACGACGCUCCUGGUUUUGAGGGACAUUCCAAGGUCGCCAUUUCACAGCGCAAGCGAUUCAGGCUACUUGAAGAGCAGCAAGAUGAUUAUCUGGAGAGGAUGGACAAAGCAGCGCGGCGCCUAGAGGAGUCACGACUGUUGUCUUUUCUGGGUGCUGAAGAGCACGAGAAGGUCAAAGAAGAGGAUGUGGUUGAUUUGGGUGUCCGUCCUCCACAAUUGCGUAAAUCGGUGGAGGACUGUAUGGGAUGGUCGUCUAUCAACUUUGAAGCCGAAUGGGAGACGCUGGCAAAGAGGAGGAGACUUGAUUCACCGGCGGAAUGA